GUGUGUUUGGUCGUGUUCGUGUAUGUGCGCUUCACAGUGUUUACCUGUUGUCAAACUAGUUGUCAAUUUGUCAUAGCUGUCAUUGUUGUUAAUCAAUUCAGGGUUGUAUUGUUUUCAUGUGGUAAUAAAUUGUGUUAAAAGAUUUUCACAAAUUACUUUUACAUUCAAUAAUAAUGACGCGACACGCAAGAAACUGCACAGCUGGUGCUGUAUACACUUACCACGAAAAGAAGAAAGAUGCUGCAGCUUCUGGAUAUGGAACUCAAAGUGAGAGAUUGGGAAAAGAUUCUAUUAAGAACUUCGAUUGCUGUAGCUUGACUUUGCAGCCUUGCAGAAACCCUGUGAUCACCAAAGAAGGAUACUUGUUUGAUAAAGAAGCAAUCUUAAAAUACUUAGUCGCGAAGAAAACCGAAUACACGCGAAAGCUGAGUAAGUAUGAGAAACAGUUGAAAAAGGAGGAAGCAGAAAAGGCCGAAUUGGCAGCAGCUGAGAAAGAAUCAAAUCUAAUCAAGUUCAUGAACAGGGAAAAGAAUAUCUCGAGUAAUAAUCAACAGGGUGAUGCCUCGUCAUCAUCAUCAUCAUCAGUGUCUAAUCUUGCCAAUGGCAAAGCAAAGAAAUUGCCAAGCUUUUGGUUGCCCUCUGAGUUACCAGAUGCUAAAAUCUCAAAAAUUGAGAAGCCUGAUUCUACAGUUUACUGUCCAAUAAGUGGAAAACCACUAAAAAUGAAGGACUUAAUUGAUGUGAAGUGGACAUUAGUAAAUGAUCCAGAUGAUAAGAAGUCCCUAAUUGCUAAGGAGAAUAGAUACAUGUGCCCUGUAACACAUGAUAUUCUCAGUAAUGCUGUCCCAUGUGCUGUCAUCAGAACAACCGGUGAUGUUGUCACAAUGGAAUGUGUUGAAAAGAUCAUCAAGAAGGAUUGGUUACACCCACUCACUGGAGACAAGUUGAAGGAGAAAGACAUCAUCCCCCUGCAAAGAGGUGGCACAGGAUAUGCACUCACUAACCAGAAACUGGAGGGAAAGAAUGAAAGACCGGUUCUACAAGCCUAAGAU